GUAUCGUAGUUCGUGUAUUUCCUGUGUUGGAUAUUUUUUCAAAAGUGUUUUGUUCUAAAUGUGUUUUCGAAGCUAUUGACUAAAUUCUUAUUUGUUGUGAUUCAAUCAUGGAGAUUCAAGAUAGUUCAUUGCCUGGAUUUUAUUUAAGUCGAGUACUUGGAAUGGCACCAUACCUUAUAAAAAAGAACGACAAAAAUCGUGUGAAUGACAUUCGACGAUCGACAUGGCUAUGUCUGUAUAGCAUUUGUUUUAUGACCGCCACAGUUAGUAUGACCGUUCGGUUUAUAUUCGUUGAUGCCGAUUCAAAAACACCAAUUCGGAUGAGAACAGCUACAUCAAAAUUCGUGACUGUGUUUGAUGUAUGUGUUGUAGUUGGUGCGUGUGUUUGCGGUGCAAUAACCGGACUAAUUGGACGGAAAUGGAUUUCGAGAAUCAACGACAAUCUCAGAAAAGCUGAUGACGAACUGACCCUAUUUAAUGAUCAAUGGAAAGACAAAAAACGGAAUCUAAUAAUGGUGGUGCUUGUUUUCUUGUCUAUGACUGGUAUGAUUGUUUUGGAUAUCAUAUCGAAGUGGCGAAGUGCAAAAAAUUUGCAAAUAAAAAUGACCAAAGGAGGCCAAGCCACUAGUGACAUUCGCAUCGAAACUUACUUCCCAUUUUAUGUGCUAUAUUACAUUUUGAUGGCUUUACAUACGCAAUUGGCUCAAACGGCACUUGGCAUCCAACGGCGAUAUCAUCGACUGAAUCUAGCGAUUCGCAACAUAUUUUCAUUGAAAAAAUUACUGGAAUCGGCGUCUCAUGCGAAAGCAAACAAAGUGGAUGUUCAAAACACCACCGAACCAGCACCUACAAUGGAAACAAACGAAAAUAUUCUACCUGGAUCAAAUAUUAAUGUGCCCGUCAAGCCAAUCGCAAAAAUAACAACCCUAUCGCGUGCACCGUCAGAUGAAAAUCACAUAGCGCCAAUAUUCGGUACGGGCAAAUACUCAGCGUCUCUAUCAACAACGACAUAUGGUAAACUAACCGGAGCGGUAGCAUUGACACGAGCUAGCUUCUUUUUAGAUCGACUUUCAUACACACACGCCAUUCUAGGUGAAACGGUGACAAUAAUAUCGAGGGUGUUUGGACUCACAUUACUUGUAAUGUUGGCUUCAUGUCUGCUGCACCUUGUCGCUACCAGCUAUUUCUUAUUCUUUGAACUGCUAAAUGAACCGGAUAUGUUUGUUGCAAGCUUGCAACUGCUAUGGUGCUGUUUCCAUCUAUCGCGACUACUUCUCAUUGUGGAACCGUGUCAUAUGGCAACAACUGAGGCUAGAAAAACAAUCAUCAUUGUUUGUGAAGUGCUAAGAAACUGUAAGGACAGUUCCGUUGAACCAAUACUUCAGCGUUUCUGGCGUCAAUUGCUGGCCGAUCGAACUUUCUAUUUCACCGCAUGCGGCAUGUGCACAAUCGAUAGACAAAUCUUGACGUCCAUCAGCGGUGCCAUCGCCACCUACCUAGUUAUUUUGAUUCAGUUCCAAAAGAGUGACGGAUGAACAAAGAAAUCAAUCAAUUGCACUUGCUUUCCCAUUUUAUUCAAUUUGUGCUUUAACUUUCUUGAACAAUAAAGUGUCAGAUUU